AACUUGUUGGGGCUCUUCGACUCUGGAGAGGCAGCAUGAGCUCGUGGCUCGAGACGCAACUCGAAAAGUGCUUCUUCGCCGCCAAGAACGACUUGAACUACUACUCGUGCCUCGUCAACGCCGGCGUCUUCUCGUCGUCGACGUGUGCGCUCACGUGUGCAGACGGCGCGGCGUCCUGCUGCAGCACAUCGGUGGCCGCAACGCAAUGCGCCGCCCAGCCAUCAACACGCGCGUGCAAGGUGCUCUUCGAUACGUACCUCUUUGAACCGCUCGGGUGCGCCUCCCUCUCUCGCGCUGCGAUCGUCGCCAUCAGUCUCGCCGCGCUGCUCUUCCUCGUUGGGCUUUUCUGGCUGCUCGUGCGCUGGCGCAAGCAGCGCGCGACCAAGACGUCCCAACGCUACGCGAGCUACUUGCGCUUGGAACGCCAAGUGCGCAUCUUGGUCUGGAAGAACUUUCAACUUAUCAAGCGCCGGCCGUUCCGCGCGCUCUUCGAGUUGCUGCUGCCGCUCCUCCUUGUCGGUGCGCUCGUCGUCCUUGGCUUCCUUCCCACGUUUGCGGCCUCGUCGUCCGAUGAGUUUUGGAGCACUCGGUCGAACUGCGAUGGCGAGCUCGACUGCACGACUGUGUUGCUGUCAACGUGCUUGGCCAACCUCCCGCGGCUUCUCCAGACUGGCGCGCCUUCGUCCACGUCGUCAACCUUCUACACGAGCGGGCAGCCGGUCUUUGGCAUGUUCUUCCUCCUCUCGUACCUCCGCUUUGUGCCGUCGCUCACCUCCAAGAUCGUGCUCGAGAAGGAGAAGCGGCUCACCGAAGGCAUGAAAAUGAUGGGCGUCUCGGACUCGGCGCUGCGCGUCUCGUGGCUCCUUGGUGACCACGUCGUUUACACGUGGCUCGCACUUGCCAUCGCGCUCGAGCUCAAGUUUGGCAACGUGUUUCCGAUGGCCGACCUCGCGACGCUCUUCCUCUUCUUUGCGGCGUUUGGUCUCUCGAUGGUCUCGUUUGCAAAUCUCAUGAGCAUCUUCUUCAACAAGUCCAAGACGGCGGCAAUUGCGUCCGUCUUGGUGUGGGUCCUCGCCUUCUUGCCCUUCUACGCCGUCGACGCCUCGUCGCAUACGUCCAAGUACGCAGCCGCGCUGAGCGCCCCGACGGCAUUUGCGUUAGGAAUCAAAGUGCUCACGCAGCAGGCGCAGCGCGGCACCGAGCCCUACUACAGCAUUGCGUCGGCGCAAGCCACUGGCGGGAGCCGAGUCAGCGACAUGACGUGGUUCCUCUUUAGUGACGCUGUCGUCAUGCUGCUGGCGUGCUGGUACUUUGAGCAGGUCGUACCGCAACAGUACGGUGUGCCCAAGCCCUGGCACUUCCCCUUUCAUCGCGCUUACUGGGCUCUACGGAGCGAAGCGCCGCGCCAGUUUCGCCGCCGGUUCACUGCGCGGUUCACCGACAUCCCCGACUACGAAGCCAUGUCGACACCCUCGAGCAGUGAGGCAUCAAGCAUGCAGCAAGCCAACGUCGAGCCGCCGACGCAAGCGUUGCGUCUCAAGGAGCAGGCCGGCGAGUGCGUCCAGCUCGUCGGACUCCGGAAAACGUUCAAGACCGACGACGGCGACAGCAAGGUUGCCGUCCACAACCUCCAUGUGACCAUGUACGCCGGCCAGAUCACGGCGUUCCUCGGGCACAACGGCGCGGGCAAAACGACCACGAUUUCGAUGCUCACGGGUCUCUUCCCGCCGACCAAAGGCACGGCCUACGUCUUUGGCAAGACGAUCACGGACGACAUGGACGCGAUCCGCGCCAGCAUGGGCGUCUGUCCGCAGCACGACGUGCUCUACGACGAGCUCUCGGUGCUCGAGCACCUCCAGCUGUACGCGGCCCUCAAGGGCAUUGACGACGCAAGCACCCAGAUUGACGCGAUGGUCGCCGAGGUCGGACUUGUCGAGAAGCGCCACGUCGCGUCGGCCAAGCUCUCGGGCGGCCAGAAGCGCAAGCUCAGCGUCGCGAUCGCGCUGCUUGGGAAGAGCCAAGUGGUGUUUCUGGACGAGCCUACCUCGGGCAUGGACCCGUACUCGCGCCGGUUUACGUGGAACGUGCUCCAGCGCAACCGCGAGAACCGGGUCAUGGUGCUCACGACGCACUUUAUGGACGAAGCCGACCUGCUCGGCGACCGCAUCGUCAUCUUGUCGGACGGUCGGCUCUGCUGCGCGGGCUCGUCGCUCUUUCUCAAGCAGCUCUACGGCACAGGCUACAACCUAACGCUCGUCAAGAACAACAGCUGCAACGUGACGGACCUCGUAACAUUUGUGCGGCGCUUUGUGCCCGACACGAACGUGCUUAGCAACGUCGGCGCCGAAGUCGUCUUGCAGCUGCCAACGCACGCAAGUCCGACGUUCCCCGACCUCCUCCGCGCUCUUGACGACGAGUUGGUGGCGCUGGGCAUUCUCGAGUAUGGCAUCUCGGUCACGACGCUCGAAGAAGUCUUCUUGCGCAUUGCCCACCAAGGCGACGUCAAGGGUCCUUCCGAAGCCCUUGUCCAUUGGCGUGAGAGUCAGCGCAACCUGUUCGCAAAGCCUCCUCGGGCAGCCGCCGAAGCAACGCGGCCGCCGUCGUUUCGCCACCAAUACAUGGCCAUGCUUCAGAAACGCUGGCGCGUAUCCCGGCGGGACAAGAAGAACAUGGUGUUUACACUCCUCAUCCCCGUGCUCUUCCUCGGGAUGCUCGCACUUCUGCCGUCCAUUCGAGUCGCGAGCUAUCUCCCAUCGUACGCGCUUGGCGUUAGCACAGAAGAGGUCGGCAACUACAGAGGCUGCAACGUCGUUCUCACCAACUCGACGACCAACUACGAGUGUGCCUACGGUAUCACGCCUGCCGUGUGCCCCAACUGCCAGCCCUUCAUGUACGGCUGCGAAGUGACCAACUACUGCUCGGAGGGCGACAUCCGAGGCAACUCGUCGUACCCGUACUGCGCAAUGCCCGGUGGAUUUCUCCGGAACACCAGCGUCUGCGUCACAGAGUGGUUCAGCCACUGCUCGCUCGGCCUCGGCGACUGCGAUGCAUCCACAUGCUGCGACGCCACGCAGCCGAUCUCGCCGUAUUAUCCGUGCUCGAGCUGCGCAUCCAACAAGUGGCCGUGCUACAGCGGCCGGUGCCUCGUCAAGCGCGACGCCAAGCUCCAAGGCCAGAUCAACACCUUCCUCGCGUCGCUCAUCAUUGUCAUUGGCUUUGCAUUUGUGCCGGCGUCGAUCGUUGUGUUUAUCGUGAAGGAGAAGGACCCGCACCAGAACGCCAAGUACCAACAGCUCGCUUGCGGCUCGUCCGUGUUUGCCUACUGGUUUUCGAUCUGGACGCACGACGUGCUCUUCAUGCUGCUGCCGGUCGGCGUCGCUGUCGCCUUGCUACCGUCGUUUGCGAGCUUUCAGAACGACUCGGCGUCGAUUCUCGGCGGCCUCGCCCUUCUGCUGACGCACGUGCUCUCGAUGCUGCCGCUCGCGUACCUCUUUACGUUUCGAUUUACAAAGCACGCGGCCGCUCAGACGUCGGUGCUGGUGUUCUGCCUCGUCACGGGCGGUCUCCUCAGCAUCAUCUCGUUUCUCUGCCGCUUGAUCGACUUUGAGUUGAUCAAGAACCAGCUCACACUAGCGCAGCUCGACACGCAGUACCUGCGCUGGGUCUACUUGCUCUUUCCCGGGUACGCGCUCACGGACGGGCUCUUCCAGAUUGGCAUGCGCAAGUACGGGAACCCGUUUGGAGGCAUGAGCACAGGUUCAUGUCCGAUCGAACAGUCCUGCUGGAGUGCCAACGUUGCUGGUUGCUGCACAGCCAACUUGUUUGAACUGUCGGUCGCCGGGCGAAGCCUGUUGUACGGCGGUGUCGAAGCGGUGCUGUUUACGCUUCUAGUGCUCUACGCCGACCGACCGACUCGCGCUCGGCCACCGACCAAGGCCGACAACGCCUACCGCGAGCGCGGAGGCUUUCUUGAGCCAGACGUGGCCGCCGAAGCGAUUCGCGUCAUGCAAGGCCGCGCCAGUGGCGACAACGUCGUCUUGCACAAGCUCCACAAACAGUACGGCACCGAGAAGGUUGCGCUGCACCAGCUCAGCCUCGGCAUCCCGAAAGGCGAGUGCUUUGGCUACCUCGGCAUCAACGGCGCGGGCAAGUCGACGACGCUGCAGAUCCUCCAUGGCGCGCUGCAGCCCACCUCUGGCUCGGUCACGGUCAAUGGCCAUCAGUUGCCAACCGAACUCCGCGCAGCGCGGGCCUCGACCGGCUACUGUCCGCAGUUUGACGCACUCCACGACUUGCUCACGGUCCAAGAGGAACUCGAACUCUACGCGCGUCUCAAGGGCGUUGUGGACGUCAAGGGCGCGGUCGCCGCCAAGAUCGACCAGUUUGGCCUGCACGCGUUUGCAGCCAAGCGGACGCAGGGCCUCAGUGGCGGCAACAAGCGCAAGGUGUCGACGGCCAUCGCACUGCUCGGGUCGCCGACGCUGCUGCUACUCGAUGAACCGUCGACGGGGAUGGACCCGGCCGCGCGGCGCGACAUGUGGGACGUGAUUGUCGGCGUUCUGCAAGAGAAGAGUUGUUCGGUGAUUUUGACAACCCACUCAAUGGAGGAGUGCCAAGCGCUCUGCACGCGCAUCGGCAUCCUCGUGAGCGGGCAGCUCAAGUGCCUCGGCACGGCGCAGCAUCUCAAGCACAAGUUUGGCCGCGGCUUUACGCUCGACCUCAAGCUCGAGGCGCUGCCCGAAGAUACUUGGCCUCUGUUGCCAACAGCCUCCACAAUGCUGAGCAUGGACGACAUGGCGGCUCUCUGCGACGAAAUGGACUGUGCACCGCGACUGGAGCGGCUCCAGGCGGACUGGGUCAUCGCCCACUACCUCGAGAAGGACGGCGGCGUCCCCAUUGCCGUGCUUCGGCAGUGGUGGGCGACCGACGAUGCCAGCGACGCGCUCUUGAAGCGACUGGACGCGGACCUCGAAGGCACGACGCUCAUCGAGCAUCACGGCGAGCACUUUCGUCUCCAAGUCGAGAAGGCGUUUGGCCACACGCUCCAGUCGCUCUUUGCGUGGAUGGAAGGCCACAAGGAGGCGCUCUUCCUUGCGCAAUACAGCGUGAGCGACACGACGCUCGAAGAGAUCUUCAACGGCAUGGCCGCGAGUCAGGACGAGGAGAGGCUCAGCGUCCAUGGCCGCCGCCAGCUCGCGCUCCGGGCGAGUAGCCCGCAGUCGGUGCGGUCGUACCACCGGUCAAGUUCGCUGCACAAACUGCCCAUCAAAGCCAAGCCCGUGCUCUGAGCCUACAUUGUCACGUCGACUAGUAACCUGCAUUUAUAUGAUCACCAUGUUUCUGUUCUA